UUCUCCCAGCACAGAGCCGGAAGCCAAGCCCGGACUGGCCGGAGCCUGCGGCCCGAAGGUCACCCCAAGCAGGCCCUCCCACGGCUGGGCCUGGAGACUCCGCCGGCGGGCCAGCCCAGAACCCGGGGGCUAGAACCCAGCGGGCUCCCCAACCCCGCCCCUGGCUCCCCUGGGGGUCCCCAGCCUCCGACCCUCCCCCGCGGGGGCCUGGCCCAGCGCUCGCUCCCGCCGCCGGGGUUGCGCACGCUCGUGCGUCCCAGAGGAAGAGGAAGAGGAAGAGGAGGAGGAGGAGGAGGAGGAGAAAAAGGAAGGGUUACGUCUGGGGAAUCAAGUUGGAGAUCUAGGUGGGAGUCCCGGUGGUGCAGACGCGCGCGGCCGCGAGCAGCCGGGGCCAGCGGGAUGAAAGAGGUGGAAAAACUGGAGAGCGUCCAAGAAGACUGGGCUUGUGACCCUGGAGCUGAGGACCAGAGCCUCCAUGGCAGCCAGGCCAAGGGCUGUGAGCUGUUCUUUGACAGCCUCUUGGAGGAAGCCCAGAAAGUCGGUCCCGAGUGCUCGCCCUCAGCUGAGAGGAAACAGGCUGAUGUGAGCAUUGCACUCUGGAAGAACGGAUUCACUGUGAAUGACGAGUUCCACAGCUACCAGGACGGGGCCAGCCAGCAGUUCCUGAAUGCUGUCAGGAAGGGGGAGCUGCCUUCAGAGCUGCAAGGGAUGUUUGACAAGGAGGAGGUGGACGUGAAGGUGGAGGAUAAGAAGAAGGAGGUGUACAUGUCCAAGAAGCCCGCCUUCCAGCCCUUCUCUGGGCUGGGCCACCGCCUGGGCAGUGCUACCCCAAGAAUAGUUUCCAAGGUCAGCAGCGGGGAUUCUGGGAGCCCAAAGGCUCUCAUCUCCGUCCCCCUGAACCCCUUGGAACCCAUCACCAGCAUCCAGAUCUGGCUAGCUGAUGGGAAGAGGCUUGUGCAGAGAUUCAACUUGUCUCACAGGGUGAGCCAUGUCCGAGACUUCAUCAGGAAAUACGAAGGUUCCCAGAGGAAUAGGCCCUUCACCCUGGUCACUGCUCUUCCCGCCCUUAAGCUGCUGGAUGACACCCUCACGCUGGAGGAGGCAAACCUGCAGAAUGCUGUGGUCAUCCAGAGAUGCCAGACCAGGCAGGCUACUCUCCAAGGCCUGUCUUAGCCCUGACACUGGACAGCCUACCCUGUGUGGCCCCCUAGAGGAAGGGCUUGGGGGUGGGGGGCAGUGAGUGAGAGACAGAGCAGUAAACCCAGACCAUGAGCACUGCCCAGUGGUUGGGCCCUUCUCCUGCACUGACGUUUCGGGCAGAUGUUACUGCCUCCUUCAAAGGAAAUGCAGGCAGCAUGAACCAGCUGCUUUCUGGGCUUGUUGGCAAGUCAGCCUUUUCCUCCCCAAGACUGCAGGCUGGGAGCUAGGUGGCAGCUGCUCUGGCGUCCUCAGGAGCAGCGGGAUGUUGCUGUGGACAAUGUGUAUCUUAGAUCUGGUUUAUUCUACAAAUGACAUGUUUCAGAAAUUGUAGAUGCUUCAUCCUCUUUUCUCCUCGGGCCUCUUCCUCUGCUAGAUGCCAGGGCUGACCAAAGCUCCCUGUGGUAUCUGGCUGACGAGCUGUCCCCUGGCUCACGAGGGGUCUCCUCCCUCUGGUACCUCAUUGCAGGGGUUGUUGGGACCUGUCCCUCUGCCUGCUUCUGUCUGGAGUUCUAAGUGAUACAGCUGCCCAGUGCCCUGAGGUUCUUGUUGUGUUCUUUGUGUGGUGACACUGAAUGAGAGUGAUUAAAUCAGAGUGAGAAGCAGGAGUUAAGCACAGAUGAAUAGGUCUGGGGUGAGGGGCCCCUUCCUUGUGUGUAGGGAGCCCCACAUCUCAGCCUCCAUGUAAUCGGAGGGCAAAUCCAAAUCCAAGCAUCCCACCUAUGCAGGCUGUGUCCUGGUCUUCUGCACGUCUGUGGUUAAUACUCAUAUUUGGAUCCCAGGGAAAUGCUGCAAAUAAACCACCAGACCUGGGGAAAGGAAAUCCUGUAGGUUACAUGCAGUAUGGCCGCCCCUCCAUUGGAUUUUUGGAGGGUGAUGGGGCCCGGGGGACAAAUGGGGCAUCCUCCCACCUCCACCACCACCACCACCUCCUGGAAGCCAUCAGGGGAACAGCACAUUGUUCCCAACGUUUUAGGAUAGCCACUACUUAGAAGGCAAAGCAACUGGAAAUGGCAGUGAUGCCCAGCCACCAAACAAGGAGGGAGGUGCAGUAGCCUCUGCUGAUGUUUGCUUUCCUCAGAAAUGUGGAGGCCACUUCAUUGGAGGACCACCAUUUCCACCAGAUACACAGCCCCAAACAGUUGUGCCCCCACCCCUCUCCCUGCCCAGCAUCUUCUGUCCCUUCCUGGCAUUGGUAGGAUGCAUGGGGGUGAGCAGGAGGAAGAGGCACCCACAUGGGUCUCACCAGACUCUCAAGAGGAAGGUUGCCCUGCCUGUUGGGUAGGAAUCGACCUUUUGGGAACUGUGGAGACUGCUCCUAAUAUGCAUCAUUUCAGAGUCUUUCAGUGAUAAGAAUUACCCAUCUCUGUCCCGAGAGUUACAAAGUGGCAGGCUUGGAAAGCUUUUCUGAAGGGUAAUUGUGAGGAAUUAUCCUGACUUCCGACUGUUAAGAGUAGAUAGAGCUUCCCCCGCGCCUGCGGCAGGACUCCGCAGCAGCGGCUGACAGCAGCCCAGUGGACAUGUGGCAGGCUGGUCCCUAGACCCUGUGCCAGGGGUGCAGUGGCUUCAUCCUUCACACCCAAUAGACCAAUCAACAAGACCCUGUCGUGUAUCAGCGCUGCCACCAGUCUGAUGGCAAGUGGUGAGGAGCUGACUUCAGUGCCUUAUUUAGGAUGACAAUUCAUUGCGAAGGGGGAGGGAUCGUUCCCUUAAGUAUGAAAUGGUUUGUAAAAAAUUCAUUUGAAACAAUCUGUGUGUGUGUUUCUGAGAAUACAGUGACAUACGCAGCCACAGCUUCCCUCUGUCCUUGGCAAUUCAUUCAGUGUGGCAACUCGGUGUUUUAAAUAAACUUAGAAAAAACGUAAA